AGAACAGAGGAGUGAAAGCCACAAUGAAUGGUCAUCUUUCUAAUUAUCCUGGUGGUUUUGGAAUGUAUCCAUCUCAAAUGAAUGGCUAUGGACCAUCAUCAUCCACCUUUUCCCAAAUGGACAGAGAACACGGUUCAAAGACAAGUGCAAAGGCCCUUUACGAACAAAGGAAGAACUAUGCUCGGGACAGUAUCAGCAGCAUGUCUGACAUAUCCCAGUACCGCGUUGAACACUUGACUACCUUUGUUCUGGAUCGGAAAGAUGCUAUGAUUACUGUUGAUGAUGGAAUAAGGAAGCUGAAAUUGCUUGAUGCCAAGGGCAAAGUAUGGACUCAAGAUAUGAUUCUUCAGGUAGAUGACAGAGCUGUGAGCCUCAUUGAUUUAGAAUCAAAGAAUGAACUGGAGAAUUUUCCUCUAAACACAAUCCAGCACUGCCAAGCCAUGAUGCAUUCUUGUAACUUUGACUCAAUUCUUGCCCUGGUAUGCAAGGAGCCAACCCAGAAUAAGCCAGAUCUUCAUCUUUUCCAGUGUGAUGAGAUUAAGGCAAACCUCAUUAGUGAGGAUAUUGAGAGCGCAAUCAGUGACUAUAAAGGAGGGAAACAGAAGAGGCGGCCCGAGGCUCUGAGGAUGAUUUCCAAAACGGACCCUGGUAUUCCGCCUCCUCCCAGAGCUCCUGCACCCGUCCCCCCUGGAACUGUCACCCAGGUGGACGUCAGAAGUCGGGUGGCAGCCUGGUCUGCAUGGGCAUCUGACCAAGGGGAUAUUGAGAAAUCCAGGCAGUAUCAUGAGCAGGAAGAAACACCUGAAAUGAUGGCAGCCCGAGUCGACAGAGACGUGCAAAUCUUAAAUCACAUUUUGGAUGACAUUGAAUUUUUUAUCACAAAACUGCAAAAAGCAGCUGAAGCAUUUUCUGAGCUUUCUAAAAGGAAGAAAACUAAAAAAGGUAAAAAGAAAGGACCAGGAGAGGGUGUUUUAACGCUGCGAGCAAAACCCCCAUCUCCCGAUGAAUUUGUUGACUGCCUCCAAAAAUUUAAACAUGGAUUUAACCUUUUGGCCAAAUUGAAGUCUCAUAUCCAGAACCCUAGUGCUGAAGAGUUGGUUCAUUUUCUCUUUACUCCAUUAAAUAUGGUGGUGCAGGCAACUGGGGGUCAUGAACUGGCCAGUUCUGUCCUCAGCCCCCUCUUCACUAAGGAUACAAUUGAUUUCUUGCACUAUACUGUCAAUAACGAUGAAAGGCAGCUGUGGAUGUCACUGGGAGACCCUUGGAAGAAAGUCAGAGCAGAGUGGCCAAAAGAACAGUUUAUUCCGUCCUAUGUUCCACGAUUCCGCAAUGGCUGGGAGCCACCACUGCUGCAUUUCAUGGGACCACCAGUGGAACAAGACCUUUAUCAAAUGACUGAGCCUGUGGCAAAUGUGACAGAACAUCAGUUCAAACAUGAAACAAAAAGAUCAUCCCCAGAGUCCAGUAUGGCAGAGUAUCCUCCAGCUGAUGGGUACACACUCAAUAACUUUUACACAAGAGGACCCCAACUGGACCAAGGAGAAGCCGCUGUUGCUUUUAAGCCAAUGCCCAGUCGCCAUGUAGAUAGAAAUUAUGAGCCACUCAACACACAGCCCAAGAAAUAUGCCAAAUCCAAGUAUGAAUUUACAGCCAGGAACAACAGUGAGCUCUCAGUUCUAAAGGAUGAUAUCUUAGAGAUUCUUGAUGACAGGAAGCAAUGGUGGAAAGUUCGAAAUGCAAGUGGAGACUGUGGAUUUGUGCCAAAUAACAUUUUGGAUAUUGUGAGACCUCCAGAAUCUGGGUUAGGGCGUGCUGAUCCACCUUACACUCAUACCAUACAGAAACAAAGGAUGGAGUAUGGCCCCAGACCUACUGAAACCCCUUUGGCUCCAUCGCCUCCUCCGACACCAGCUCCUGUUCCUGUUCCUGUCCCUGUCCCCGUCCCUGUCCCCCUUCCGCCCUCUACUCCAGCGCCUGUGCCUGUGCCGAAGCUCCCAGCCAAUGUGACCCGUCAGAACAGCAGCUCCAGUGACAGUGGUGGCAGCAGUGCACGCGACAGCCAGCGACAUAAGCAACUUCCUGUGGACCGGAGGAAAUCACAGAUGGAAGAGGUGCAGGAUGAGCUCAUCCACAGACUGACCAUUGGCCGGAGCGCUGCUCAGAAGAAGUUCCAUGUGCCACGGCAGACCAUGCCAGUUGUCAAUAUCACUUACGACUCCACACCAGAGGAGGUGAAGACAUGGCUAGAGUCAAAAGGUUUCAACCCUGUGACUGUCAAUAGUCUUGGAGUAUUAAAUGGUGCACAACUUUUCUCUCUCAAUAAAGAUGAACUGAGGACAGUCUGCCCUGAAGGGGCUCGAGUCUUCAGCCAAAUUACUGUACAAAAAGCUGCACUGGAGGAUAACAGUGGCAGCUCUGAGUUGCAAGAAAUCAUGCGAAGACGACAGGAGAAAAUCAGUGCUGCUGCUAGUGAUUCAGGAGUGGAAUCUUUUGAUGAGGGAAGCAGUCACUAAUUUGUUUGUUUGUUUUUAAACUCCAUUAUUCUUGGCAUUAUUCCAACAUGCUUUGUUUUAAGAAGCCAUGAAGGGAAUGUCAGAUACUUAUUUCUUGGUAUGCUUAAUUUAUUGCCAUAAAGAGACAGUACAAACUUUUAAGUAAGCAGAGGACUUGCUUCUGGGCCCAUUAUUUUUAUUAAAGCUGACAGUUUUAAAAUAUAAAUUUUUGACCUUGGGCAGUAUCUUGCCAACUUUUCCAUGAUAAAAUUUCCUUUAUUGGGUUAAUUAUGUCUUUCCACCUCAGUGUAUAAACAGACAUUUUUGACAAUGGUGGAUUUUUUUCUUGCACCAAAACAAAGAUCUGGCCCAUGAUUCAGUAGCUAAGUGAUUUCACUUUUGCCUGUGGCUGUGGUGUCUAUAAUCGAGUAUAGCUUACUGGAGACUUGCCUCUGCUUACUUGGGUUUCCUCUUCUACAUAUUCAGUGAUAGAAAAUUUGGAUUUAUUUAGAGUUCUUAAUGCCAACAGAUUUUUAGAAACUAAGACAUUUAAUGAACUGUAUGAUACAGCAAAGCUUGAACAUACAACUGCAAACCCGUGAAGCGUUCCCAAGGUGGUUCUCUUGUCAUGGCUCUGUUGACCACGAUUCCUUGUAAAGCUUGUAUUUUGAUUUUGUUUCUAUUCUGCUUAGUACCUAUACCAUGUUAUUAUAUAAGAGAAAGCACAAGUGGUAAAGAGGUUACAUACAUUGAAAGUCUGUCACAGGAAGUCACCUGCAUUGGUGUGUGUUACAGUAUUUUGCUUAAUGAAGGCCUCAGUUCCGAGUAGUGAUUUAAAUAGCUGAAAGGAAAUGGGGCCGUUUUAUGUAUUGAUCUGUAUCAAGUUUUUCUGGUCAUAAUAAGAAACAGUUAAUUUACACAUAUUUAAUCCUGUGAAAGAUUCUAGAUAGAGAAGAAAGAUGCUUAACCUUCAACAAAUGUUAUUUUUGGAACACAAUUAUUGUCAUUACAUGUUAUGUUAUUUCACAUGUAUAAGAUAGAUGUUAUGUAAGAAUGGUGUAUAUUUUAACAUAAAUCCAUUUAGAGAGUUUAUCUAGAUUCAUUAAUUUUCAUAGUGCCUUUUUCACAUGAGUCAGCUGGAA